CUGAUUGUUUCUGUUUAUAAGGCUUGCGAGGUAAGUGACUUUUAGUUCUUCACUUGACUCGCCGAAAGUAGUAAGACGUACUGGAGAGGAGACAUGCUGAAACUACGAAGAUACAUAUUACUUCUAAUGGUGUUCAUGUUUGCACUUGUAACUGCGAUGCCCCAUCCUGGUGGUGAUGGACACGAGCAUACCCACUUUAUAAUACACGUGCCACAUUAUAUCCAUAAGCAUCACCAUACGCACGUAAAGAAAAUUUAUAUACCGGUAGAGUCACACGACGACGAUCAUGAUCAUGAACACGAAGAAGAUGGCUGGUGAGAGAGAGAGAGAGAGGGAGAGAGAGAGAGAGAGAGAAAGUUAGUUUCAAACGAUCCUUCUCCAAACGUUAUUACUGUUAACCCAUUGCACUAUUGUUAUGUCAAUUGUUACACGUUAAUAAAUUGUUAAAACUAAAUUGAUAUUAUUUAAUUUUUAUUUC